AUGGCUUCCCCGUUCUGGCCGGCGAGACGGUCAGAGACGAUUUACAUUGCUCUUCUACUGAUAUGUUUCUUCUACAUCCUCGUGUCGAGCCCCAUAGUGGAGCAUGCACAGUUGAUUGUUCGACCUGGCUGGCAUGCCAGUACUGCGGGCCGACACAAUAGUGCUUUCCACAACAACAGCACCUCAGCAGAGCACGACAUUGCGGAUGUUGUGGACGAUCAGUCUGGUGAAACCACAGCACAGGCUUUGGACAAAUAUCUCGAGGGGCAAAGUUUUGGGGUGCUGCCACCGCUGGAAGACGGAGAAUUGAAUGACACGAGAAUGGCUCAGGUCGGACCCUAUAUCCGGGCCAUCAUGGACCCCAAGGACACGGGUUUCAACCGAUUGCAGUGUCCGCGGCCGUUCAAGGAUCGGUACGGAGUGCUCCGAGCACACCGGAAUCUACCUGCCCCGUCCGACCAGCAGCCACCGAAGAAGCGGUAUUUUUUCGCCCUCAAUCUCUACCAGUGCGCCUAUGUGCUACCGCGGUUGCUUGCAUCGCUUGUCGAGGCCAUGCGAAAGCUCGGUCCAGAAGACUGCGUCUUGUCGAUUGUCGGCGGCCGGUCCGAUGAUGGCACCACAGAGAUCCUCUCGGCGUUAAGAGAAGAAAUCGAAGCCCUCAACGCAACAUACUACUUCGGCACUAGCGACAUUGACCCGUGGAAAAAGGGCCGCGAUCGAGUGACGGAACUUGCCAAGCUCCGGAAUCUGGCGCUCGCUCCUCUGUUGACUAAGCAGCAACUGUGGGCAGCAGAUGCCACGGUCAUCUUCGUGAACGACGUGUCGAUCUGUACCGACGACAUCCUGGAACUUGUCUAUCAAAAACAACAUCAGCAGGCGGAUAUGGUCUGUGCAAUGGAUUGGGACAACAACGGAGCAAAGUUCUACGACUCCUGGAUAGGCCGAAGCAUGAAUGGCGAUAUGUUCGUCGAGGUGCCGCAGAGUGGAUCGUUCGAGUUUGCGAGCAACCUGUUCUGGAACGACAAGGAGGCUCGACGUCACAUCGACGAAAAGUUGCCUCUCCAAGUGUUUGCUUGUUGGAACGGCGCCGUGGCAUUUAAAGCUGAACCAUUGCUCCUGCACCAUCUCAAGUUCAGGGCACCGUACAAGGAUGAAUGUUACGCAGGGGAGCCGACAUUGUUCUGCAAAGACCUCUGGGCUCUGGGUUACGGCCGUAUUGCAGUUAUUCCUAGCGUGAAUGUGGGAUAUAAUGACGAGCAGUCGAAAGGGGCAAAGGACAAGCAUGGAUAUGCCUCGGGAAACGUUCAGCAAACAGAACAUGACAAGGCUUUGUCGAUUGAGAUCAAGUGGGAGAAGUCCCCGCCUGCGCUCGUCAAAUGCCAGCCCGAUUGGAGACAUUCCUCAUGGGCGCCAUGGGAUGAUGCUCUGGAGGAGCAUAUUCCGUUCGACUGGACACGAUCUGGAUACUUCAACGCUAAGCAGCCGUUCAGCCAAGAGCUGGAGUUUGAGGACGAAAUUGACGAGGACUUGGGGACCCUCACGGCCAGUAAAAGUCACGUUGUCGAAGUUGACACUCCGGAACCUGAGGGACAUGGUAUCGAUGGUGACUUCUAUGGAGACGGAGCUGAGACUGAUAUUGGUGAAGCAAUAUUUGUUGACGGCACGGAAGGGUGA